AUGGCCUCCGACAGCGUGAAGAAGGUUCAAGGGAAGCUUUUUGGGCGCAGCAGUCAACCUGACGCUCCUGCACCACUUGAGUCUGUUCCGACGCCGCCUCUUACAAUCGACAUCCCAAAACCAUUAUCGUCGAGCCAGCCCACGCUGCCACCAAAGCCAACGAAAACAUCGACUCAAAGCCAGUAUCCAGAAGAAGACAAGAAGACUUGGCGUGAGCGACUCGCUGCCAAGCUUGGUGCCGAUUACAAAGGUGCUGAGCGGUAUCGCCUGCUUCAGGACGAAAACAGCGAAAGACACUGGAAACGUUGGGGGCCAUAUGUCAGCGACAGACAAUGGGCAACUGUCCGCGAGGAUUACUCAGAUAAUGGCGAUGCUUGGAACCACUUCCCUCACGAACAUGCUCGCUCUCGAGCAUAUCGCUGGGGAGAGGACGGCCUUGCUGGUGUCUCCGACAACCAUCAGCGUUUGUGUCUUUCCGUCUCAUUGUGGAACGAACAGGACCCCAUUCUCAAGGAGCGUCUGUUUGGCGUCACCGGCCACCAAGGAAACCAUGGCGAGGACGUGAAGGAGCUGUACUAUUAUCUUGACUCAACGCCGACCCACUCGUACAUGAAAUUCCUCUACAAGUACCCGCAAAAGGCAUUUCCUUACGAACAACUCGUUUCCGAGAACCAGAAUCGAAAUCGGGAGGUUACAGAGUACGAAAUUCUCGACACUGAUGUCUUCGAUGAAGACAGAUAUUGGGACGUGUUCGUAGAGUAUGCGAAAGACGAGGAUGAACCAGAUAACCUGUACCUCCGUAUCACGGCGUAUAAUCGAGGCCCUGAUCCCGCCUCUCUCCAUAUAAUACCCCAACUCUGGUUUCCAAAUACCUGGUCCUGGCCAACCGAGAAGCCCCCCAUGCCUUCCUUGACUGGCUCGAUUCGUAGCGAUGUCCCUUGCAUCACUGCAAAGCACCCUUCACUGGGUAAAACGCACUUAUUCUGCCUCUCAUCUCCUCCCCCUGUUGAUGGAGACGGCCAGUUCGUUGAAGGAACGGAGGCCGAGAAUGUCGAACCUGACCUUUUGUUUACCGAAAACGACACGAACUACAGUCGACUCUACGGUGGUACGAACGAUUCACCAUACGUGAAAGACGCAUUCCACGAUCAUAUCAUCCCACAACAUCGUCCCCUUGCAGUUGAAGAGCAAGAAAAGCCUUUCGCACAUAAAAUUCGUUCACGAACCGCGUCGACGUUUGACCAUGAAUCGGUGAGCUCGGCAGAAGAGGGGCCUGUAACACCGUUUCCGCCAACCGCAGACUUCGUGAAUCCCGAGCAAACUGGCACAAAAUCUGCUGCCCACUACCACUUUCAUAAUGUGCCUGGCCAUGGUGGAUGCGCUGUUGUCCGUGUCAAGUUGACGCCGUCCAAUCCCAAGAAGGACCCUUCGCUGGUAGACGAAAUGUUUUUCGAUGAUGCGGUUGAGUCGCGGCGACAAGAAGCUGACGAGUUCUAUGGCUCCUUGGUACUUGGUCCUGUCAGUGAGGACUUGAAGCAGAUUACCCGUCAAGCGCUGGCUGGUAUGAUGUGGUCCAAGCAAUACUACCAAUUCAUACAAAAGGAGUGGAUCAGUGGUGAUCCUGCACAACCUCCGCCGCCGCCUCAGCGCAAGUAUAUUAGAAACCGCGACUGGCGCCACAUGCAUGUCGCCGAUGUGCUGUCGAUGCCUGAUAAAUGGGAGUAUCCUUUCUUUGCAGCGUGGGACACGGCUUUCCACUGCAUCCCCCUAGCCCUUGUCGACCCCGCCUUCGCAAAAAAACAGCUGGAGCUACUCACGCGUGAAUGGUAUAUGAAGCCGGAUGGACAGAUUCCUGCAUAUGAAUGGAAUUUUGGAGAUGUUAAUCCGCCUGUCCAUGCUUGGUCCACAUUCCGAGUCUUCAAGAUCGAGCGCAAGAUGACUGGAAAAGAGGAUCUAGCAUUCUUGGAACGCGUUUUCCAAAAGCUCCUGCUGAACUUUACAUGGUGGGUCAAUCGCAAGGACAAGGAGGGUAGCGGCGUCUUCGAGGGUGGCUUCUUGGGGCUUGAUAACAUCGGUGUCUUCAACCGAAGCGAACCUUUGCCCACCGGAGGCGAUCUUCGCCAAGCAGAUGGCACUGCAUGGAUGGCAUUCUAUUGCCUCAAUAUGCUGAAUAUGGCCUUGGAAUUGGCCAAACACAACCCCGUCUACGAAGAUAUCGCCUCCAAGUUCUUUGAGCACUUCAUAUAUAUCGCGGACGCUAUGACCUAUAGAGUGGGGGACGAAAACGUGUCUCUUUGGAACGAGGAGGAUGGCUUCUACUACGAUGCUAUCCACUUUGGACCUGGAAAUUCCAUGCAACUCCCAGUCCGCAGCUUGGUUGGUUUGAUUCCUUUAUACGCAACGUUAGUACUGGAACCCUCGACGCUAAACCGGUUCCCCGGAUUCAAAAAGCGGCUGGAAUGGUUCAUCGAUAAUCGCCCUCACCUGUCGGCUCGGAAUAUGGCAAACAUGAAAGCGCGUGGAAAGGAGCAACGUCUAUUGAUGGCCUUGGCCAGCAAGGAGCGCUUAGUCAAGAUUCUGGAGAGGAUGCUUGAUGAGUCCGAGUUCUUCAGCGAGUAUGGGAUCAGAUCAUUAUCAAAGUAUCACAAGGAUCACCCUUGGGGUAUGGAUGUCAAUGGCCAACGCUACGAGGUCAAUUACUGGCCAGGCGAUUCGAAAUCUGGCAUGUUUGGCGGAAACAGUAACUGGCGUGGUCCGACCUGGCUCGCAACAACCUUCCUGCUCAUUGAGAGUCUGCAGCGCUUCUACCAGUAUUAUGGUGAUGACCUCCAGGUGGAAUGUCCCACUGGAAGCGGCGACUACAUGAAUCUCGUAUCGGUAGCAGAGGAGAUUCAGCAUCGCAUUAUCCACAUCUUUGGCCGUGACGCGGACGGCCGUAGGGCAACCAAUGGCGGCAACCCCAAGUUGGAUCACGACCCACAUUUCAGAGAUUAUGUAUGGUUCUACGAGUUCUUCCAUGCAGACGAUGGCCGUGGAUUGGGUGCUUCUCAUCAAACGGGUUGGACGGGUUUGGUUGCCUAUCACAUUCUGCAGAGUGGUAUGAGCUGCCGUCUGCCGAAAACCCCACGCACACCACGUGCAAUUGUUCGGCAUUACUUUGAUGAGACCAUCGACUCACGUUCCGAGUUUGGGGACGACAAUAAAUCGCAGUCUGCGUUUAGCAUGUUUGAUUUGAAUACGCUGGGUGAUUUGUCCCCAGAUGCAUUAAUUCACGCACGCAUACAAACACGCAUGUACUUGUUGACUUCGAACAGCUUUGAACAGCGUGACCAACUGAUCGGACUUGCACUCAUCCUCCAAAAAAAAGUCAGAACGAGCACUGCUUGUUCUCGUUGUACGGUCCGAGAUCUGGUGGUCUCUUCACCUGGCCCAAUACCUGAAAAAAAACCUCUCCCAAAAACGCUCCAACCCUCAUAUGCAAAGCCCAUUUGCACCCAUUCAUGA